AUUUUUCCUCCUUUCCUCCCGACUCCCGAGGGACUGUACAGGGCGCUGUGCUUAUGCGAAGGGCUAGGGACUAGAUCCCGGACAGUAUAGGCUGCCCCGGUGGCCCAGGUCCCCGUUACGCUGUCGAGGCGACCAGCACCAGCCGCCGCAACGCCGGCCAGCGACCAAAUGUACAAGUACGCCUCGACCUGGCCCGCGCUGAGCCGCCUGCUGGGGUCCUGGGCCAACAACUGCGGCCUGACGGCCUGCAUGCCGCCGCCCAUGACGCCGAACUUGGCCGACGACUUCCUGUCCGAGGACGAAAGCUCAGACGACGAGUAGAUGGAGUACGUGUCCGGUUUGUUUUGCGCGACGAACUACUCGUGCGUGCGCUGCGCCUGCGUCGACGACCUGGACGAGGCCGACGACUUUGAUAGAUUGCGAGCCUACGCCGUGAGCAGGUUGGGGGCGCCGCCAGAGGACGACGAAGGCGAGGCGUCGGGCUGCGUCACGAGGGUCGUGAGCGAGCCCGUGGACGAACAGGAGUUCGCCCAGGUCUUCCGGCGCGUCUUAGAAAGACGUGGCUGGCCGGUGGCGAAGUACGGCCGCGGGAGAGCCUUGAGGCGCUGCCUCAAGGUCUUCGCCGCCGCGGACGGCUCCCUCCGCCUCGAAUGGGGCUCGCGCAAAAAUAACAGCGACGCGGCCCGCAGCGUCCUCCUCACGGAGAUCGUGGAUAUCUCACGUGUUAUUUUUGAAGACGCGCCGCUGGACGCGGACCCGCAGAUGGCUUUAUGCUUCAACGUCGGGGAUACCGCUGCUUUGAAGAUCUUGGCGGACACUGUAACCGACGCGACUAUUCUGGCGUACGGCUUCGGCUUACUCGUCGACGAAGCUCGCGCGCGACGGCAGAACCCCGUCGACGCCGACGGGUUCCCGACGAUUCGAGUGGGCGAGGACCUCGUUUCUCCAUAAGUGGUAUCAUUUAC